AGAGAGAGAGAGAGAAAGAGAACGGAAGGGGUGAAGGAGGAGUAUAGAGAGGAGGACUGGCCCCGGGACAUUUGCAAAUCCUAGUGUGCCUCUGAAAGGUGGGGAGUCAGACAAAGCCAGAGCGACAGAAAAGCGGAUCUACUCCCAGCAGCAACAACAGGAGCUGCCUGGAACUGGAUAUAUACAUAGAUGUGUAUGUACGUGCAUACACAAGAAGAAUUCAAGCUGAAGCUAAUGGGAGGGAGAAAGGAUUUUGGCUGUGCAAAACGCUAUGCAUUUCAGGCGUGCAACUAAAAACUGAAAGAAGAGGCUGUGCUCCCGGGGAUGUGUCAUCUUGGAAGGGAGAGAGGCAGGAAGGAAGGAAGAAAAGGGGGAAGAUAACUGGCAUGUGGAAGACGAUGGGAUUCUAACUCACUGCUGUGCAGAAGGGAAAUCCAACUUGUAGAUCUGAAAUACACCGGGCAGAGAUUGCAAAUGUGAUCGGAGCUGCAUUGAAACAGAGAAAGAGAAGAAAAGGGAGGCAGAGGCUGGAGAGCUUUUAUCCUUCUCCCUCUCUCUUUCCCUCUCUGCUCAAAGAAGAAAUAGAAGUUUAUCUGUCUUGGUGCUGCUGGAUCUUUAUAGCUGCUGGACAAAAGAUGGAGAAGAAGCUAAAAUGAAAAGCAGAGGGAAACCAGUGCUUUCGAAACAGGGCUAAGAAGACAAAUCACGCCUCCCCAGGGUUCUUUUGUGCCCCGUCGGGGGAGUUUUAACAUCAGAAAGAUUUUGAGAAGUGUGGGGAGCAAAGGGGAGAGUGGGCGUUAAAAACACCCAUCCUGAGUGUUUAAAAAAUAACAAGGGGAUGGAUUUAUUCUUGACAGCUGGUGGGAACCUUGAAUUUUUCUCUAUUCCCUCCCUCCUUCAUUCCAUUUAAUGUGAGAUUAUGAAAAUGCAGAGGAGUUGGAGGGAAAGCAAAGGAUAUAAUGUGGAGUUUGAAGCGAGGAAGAGAGUGCUGAUGCUGUGGAUUGCUGACUUCUUGCUGAAAUCAAAAAUCCAAUUGCGCACUGGGUUGUGAUUGGAAAUCUAAUCAGAUCUUUGGAGAGAAGGGAGAGAAACUAAAAGUUAUUGUAUUGACAUAUACAAAUAAAAAUUUAAUUGCAAACGGAGAUUCUAUCCUAAAGGAGUGUGGGGGAUAGGGAAAAAGAAGAAUGGGAAUCCCCAUUCUAAUGUGGAGACACACAGAUUGGAUAAUUGAUAGUGCAGCAAAGAAGGGGGAAGAAGAAAAUUGCCUGGCAAGACCUGGAUCUUAACAGUCACAACAAAAUUGCAUUAAAAUAAUACAGAUGGAGGGCUGCUUAAACAGAAAUACAGCUCUUUCUGCUCUCCAGAGAAAAAACAAAUAGCAAGCAAUGGAGAGCAGAGAAGCUAGAGUGGCAGAAAACCUCAGAAAAAGGGUAGUAGGCAAAGGAUCCACUGUGGAAUGAAAAGUUUCAGAAAGGAGAAAGACCAUUCAUCCUCUGCAAUAAUUUUUCUUUUCUUGUCUUGUUGUUUUAAACCCUUCUUCUCCUGUGGAGCAAACAUCAUUGUUACCACUACAGCAAUUUUAAACAGAAAAGUUGAACACAACAGAGAAAAUAAAGGACAGAGAAGAAAAAAGCAAAAUUGCUGGAGGGAGAGAGUUCAGCAGUGUUGGGUUGGAUUGGUACCUGCAUGGACUGAAAUUGCUUGGAAAUUGCAGUUGGAUAUAUUUUAUUUUUGUUUCCUGUCUUGUUUUUAAUUUUGGUUUGGUUGCUGAAAUGAAAUAGUUUUCAUAACCCCUCCCCCACCCUGUUUUUUCAUAACCACUCGGAUUUCCAGCUGGAUAGUCUUUGAGAAUAUAGGUGAAUGCUGUGAGGUGGUCCAGGCAACUCUGUGGAACAUUCUCCAAUGGACUAGUAGGAUGAGAAGAUCCAAGAGUAGUUUGGGGAACAAGGAGAAACAUCACCUCUCAUGACGGUAAACCUACCAAAAAGCCAUACUGCAUCUGCAUCACAACACCAGCAGUUCAUAUGGCAUCAUUAUAUAUUGGUUGAAAACACUGAGUGAAGCAUUAGGAAUAUGGGAAUGAUCUUGGCUCACAGGGCCUGGGAGGAAGGCAUCUUGACAUCUCUGCAUACACAUUCUCGACAAAGUUAACUUUCAGUAGCGUAACAGCUGUAUCCUUCAAGCUGCCUCUAAGAAGUCUGCAGAGAUAGAUUAGCUUUGUCAUUCUUUACUCCAUCUUCUGCAUUGGAGCUUAAGAGGACAAUGCUUUUUCCUUAGAGGAAAAUGUGUACUACAUCAGGACUAAGUAUCCGACUAUUCAAAUUCCAGAAGGACCAACACUAGAUAAAUUAUGAAUGUUGAACAAGAUGACCUUACAUCCACAGCAGAUAAUGAUAGGUCCUAGGUUUAACAGGGCCCUAUUUGACCCCCUGCUUGUGGUGCUGCUGGCUCUUCAGCUUCUUGUGGUAGCUGGUCUAGUGAGGGCUCAAACUUGCCCUUCAGUCUGCUCCUGCAGCAACCAGUUCAGUAAAGUGAUUUGUGUACGGAAAAAUCUGAGAGACGUGCCAGACGGCAUCUCCACCAACACCCGGUUACUCAACCUACAUGAGAACCAGAUCCAAAUCAUUAAGGUGAAUAGCUUCAAGCAUCUGAGGCACUUAGAAAUACUGCAGCUCAGCAGGAAUCACAUCAGAACAAUUGAAAUAGGGGCCUUCAAUGGUCUGGCCAAUCUUAAUACUUUGGAACUCUUUGACAAUCGUCUGACCACUAUCCCAAAUGGAGCUUUUGUAUACUUGUCAAAACUGAAGGAACUUUGGUUGAGAAACAACCCCAUUGAGAGCAUACCCUCUUAUGCUUUUAACAGAAUCCCUUCUCUCCGGAGACUGGAUUUGGGAGAAUUGAAAAGGCUUUCAUACAUCUCAGAAGGUGCCUUUGAAGGUCUGUCCAACUUAAGAUAUUUGAACCUUGCCAUGUGCAAUCUGCGAGAGAUUCCUAACCUCACUCCACUUGUAAAACUGGAUGAGUUAGACCUUUCUGGAAAUCACUUGACUGCCAUCCGGCCAGGUUCCUUCCAAGGGUUAAUGCAUCUUCAGAAAUUGUGGAUGAUACAGUCCCAGAUUCAAGUGAUAGAAAGGAAUGCUUUUGAUAACCUUCAAUCACUUGUGGAGAUCAAUCUGGCACACAACAAUCUAACACUACUGCCUCAUGACCUGUUCACACCACUCCGUCUAGAAAGGAUCCACUUGCAUCACAAUCCUUGGAACUGCAACUGUGAUAUCCUUUGGCUCAGCUGGUGGAUUAAAGACAAGGCACCCUCUAAUACUGCAUGCUGUGCCCGUUGCCACACACCUCCCAGUUUGAAAGGAAGGUACAUUGGUGAGCUGGACCUGAACUAUUUCACGUGUUAUGCUCCAGUCAUAGUGGAGCCACCAGCAGACCUGAACGUCACUGAAGGCAUGGCUGCAGAGAUGAAAUGCCGGGCAUCAACCUCCCUGACCUCUGUAUCUUGGAUUACUCCAAAUGGAUCUGUUAUGACACAUGGGGCAUACAGAGUUCGGAUUGCUGUGCUCAGUGAUGGCACAUUAAAUUUUACAAAGGUAACUGUGCAAGACACGGGUUUGUAUACAUGCAUGGUGAGUAACUCUGUUGGGAAUACCACAGCUUCUGCCACACUGAAUGUGACUGCCCUGGAUAACCCCGGCUAUACAUAUUUUUCAACUGUCACAGUGGAGACUGUGGAACCUUCUCAGGAUGAGGCACAGACAACAGAGCAGGUUGGGCCCACACCAGUUACCAACUGGGAGACCACUAACAUGACAACCUCACUCACUCCACAGAGCACAAGAUCAACAGAAAAAACGUUCACCAUUCCUGUGACGGACGCAAACAACGGGAUCCCAGGAAUAGAUGAGGUUAUGAAGACUACUAAAAUCAUAAUUGGUUGUUUUGUGGCUAUCACUCUCAUGGCUGCUGUGAUGCUGGUAAUUUUCUACAAAAUGAGGAAACAGCAUCACCGGCAAAACCAUCAUGCUCCAACACGGACUGUAGAAAUCAUAAACGUGGAUGAUGAGCUUACAGGUGACACACCCUUAGAGAGUCACUUGCCCAUGCCAGCAAUUGAGCAUGAGCACCUAAAUCACUAUAACUCUUAUAAGUCUCCUUUCAACCACACAACAACAGUUAACACAAUAAAUUCAAUACACAGUUCAGUGCAUGAACCGUUAUUGAUCCGAAUGAACUCAAAAGACAAUGUACAAGAGACUCAAAUCUAAAACGUUUAUGACAUUAUGGGGUGGGGGUGGGAAAAACAAAAUAUGGUUUAUAAAAAAAAUGACACAAAUGACUGGGCUAAAUCUACUGUUUCAAAAAGUGUCUUUACAAAGAAAAAGAAAUUUAUUUAUUAAAAAUUCUAUUGUGAUCUAAAGCAGACAAAAUUAUGUGUAUUCCUCAGAACCUCUUUUUGCUGCACUUAUUUACCCCCUCCUCCCCUUUUUAAUUCCCAGCCAACCCUGGUUCCCAUUUGCCAUAUUUUUCAUAGGAGAUCUUGAUUCCGUACAGGAACUGGCCUAGGAAAUUUUGUAAGAUUUCUGUUACACUUUGGGAAUUUUUAUGGUGAAUACUAGUGGUGAGAUUCAGUCUAUUUUGUCACUUCUUUUUCUCUUUUUUUGUUUUCUCAUGCUCUUUAUGAAAUUAUUCAACAGGGAAUGGAAUAUUAGCAGCAACUUUACAAGUGAGCAAACAUACAAGCAAAACUUUUUUUCCUCCGUGUAAUGAUUUGAUUAUUUGCUCUGUAUUUACCAAAAGGAGCAUUCUGUGAAAAAAAAAAAAAAAAAAAAAGGAAGAAAAAGUAAAAAAUAAAAUAAAAUUAAUCUACUUGUGAAAACCUAUAAAACCCAUGAUCUUUUAAGCAAUUCUAGAAUCAGAAUUUGUAGUUCAAACACUAUACUAAGAUUAUAAAUAAAAUACUGGUGUUUUUUUUUUUUUGUACUUGGAUAUAGUUCAUUUUUAGUGUGGCUUUAAAGAUCAAAAGCUUGUUAAAAUUCUUACAACAUUCUGCUUUGAUGGUCCAAAAAAUAAUUGCAUUAAAAAUAAUAGUUAAAAUAUUUUGGAUCAUUACUGAAGAAUAGCACAGUUUUCAUUUUAGUGUACAUAAGCAGCACACUAGCAAACAAGGUUGCUUGAAUUUUAAUGCAAAAUUAUGAUUAUUUUCUUCUCAUGGCGUUAUCAGUUAUGUUUUAUAUUACAAUAUGUAUUCCACAAUAUCAGGAAAAGUUAUACAAAAAGUUUCGGGUAUCACUGAAUUUAUUAGACAAAGGUGAAAACUAUGUUCUUUUUUUGUUUUGUUUUUUUUUCUUUGCUAUCUAUAUUUCUCAGUCAAUAAGAAAAUUCAUUUUCUUUUCAUUGCAUCAAAGCUAGUGGUUCCCAGUUUAGUUGUUGUGGUAAUUCUAGACAUAAAUAUGAAAUAUGUUUAGAUAUCCAUAAGAUCUAUAAUCAGAGCUGUAUCUCUAUGUACAAAAUUAAAUCAAAAUUUGAAGUUCUAACUAAGAUGAAAUCCAAGAAUUUUGAUUAAAAACAAACAAAAAAAUCAGAAAGAACAAACUUGGCCAAAUCAGAAGAGAAAGAGUUAACAUGACUUGUAUGACAGUUAGAUUGCAUAUAGCAUAAUCAGCCUAUUUGAAUUAAAACUCAGACUUGUUUGCCAAUAGGAAGUGUACAUCCUUUUCAAUUCUGUUUAUGUACAUCUCUUGAUUUAGCUUGUUGUUGUAGAAUGGAGUAUACCUUGUAUGUUGAAAGCUAAAAGGAAGUUUUUGCAUAAGGAAAAAAGAGAUUCAGGACAUUGUAUUCUUUCAAGUGCAGAAGUUCUUCCAAAUUAAACUGUUUUACAUAUUGGUAACAAAGUAGAAGCAUUUUAAAACAAUUUAGGUUAAGAAAAAGAAUCAUGAAUUAAAUAUCAGUUUUAAAUGUCUUUUCACUGAUUUCUGCAUUUAUCUACUCAUACUUUUGUGAUUCAGAAUCCUGUUCCAGGUGAAUAAUGUACCUAAUUCCUAACAAAAUCUCUUUGGACUGUUCUGGUAUGCUACAGCAUGCAGAAAAAAGAUCGUCCUGAACAGUAUAUUUCUCUUCCCUAAAAUUAAGGAGGAAUAUCUGCCAGACAGGUUUAGGGGGUAAAUAUCUCUCUUUGGAUGCACACUUCUCAAGGUUGCAAGGGAAUGUUGCAAGAAUGCCUGAUUUUAAAAGGACACUGAAGGUAUGUGACAAUGAAUCACUCUCUGCAAGGAGUCUGAUAAGUAUAAUACAGAACGAAACCCAAAGUUCUAUAAUAAUCUCAAAGAAACAUUUGGCAAGACAUUAUCCUUUGAUGUACUACAGGAAAAAUAAUAUCUACUCUUAGAGAAUUUUAAUAGAGGACAAAGGUGGACCUGAAUGUAAAAUGCUGAAGUAGUGAUUCCUCUCUUUGCCUACUUCUUCAAAGUGCAUUACAGUUUUAUUGCUGAUUUCUUUUAAGCAUUGUGAUAAAUUUUGUACAGAAAUACAAAUACAUAGCUAUUUGUACUUUGCCCAUCCUUAUGGUUACCAAUAUUAGGUCCAUAGUCAAUGCUUAUCUGACAAUUGAAAAGAUUGUUUGCAGAAAUCCUAAAUCAACAGGUUCAUGUUAAGAAAAGAUGGCUACUAUUUAAUAGCCAUUUUCUAAAGCGCUUAUGGUCACCAUGGUUUUAUAAACAUGUAGUUUUUACUAACUCCUGCAGGUUAGGUUUUGGAGGUUUUGGAGGUUUUGGAGCAGGACACAAUAUCAGUGACAGUAAUACGGUAAAGUAAUGCAAAAUAACAUCUGUGACUAUUUAAAACAAUAUAUACAUUCUUAUUAAGUAUUAAUCAGGUUAUAUUGGCUAAGUGAAUAAUAUUAAAAACAAUCAUAAAAGCAAUAUAUUCCCAUGUGCUUAUUAUAGGGAUAAAGAAAAGGUAUUUUGGUAUGUUUGCUUGGGAUAAGAUAUAUAUUACACAGGAAUCAUACUAGCUAUGACUUUCUCAACAUCUUCCCUAUCCUUCUUAGAAUUAUAGAGAUCAUUUUUGCAGAUUAUUUAAAUACCAGAGUUAGAAAACGUCACAGCUUAAACUUUAAAAUGAGUUCUGCAACAAUGUGAAAGGUGUGCUGUGCACUUUCUUGUUAUGGUUUUUAAAUCAAGCUAAUGCAGCCUAGAGCUACUCCAAAGACUACGAUGUUAAAUAAAAAAACUGAGUCUCCUGUAUGGCAGAGGACAAUUGAUAGUAAGCUCUAAUGAACUAUAUCGUGCAGAUAACAUUCUGGAUGAACCCACAAUCCAAAAGAGUUGUGGGAAAAAAGUGACCUUACGAACUAUUACAAUUCUUAGUGGGCUCACGAGAAGUUAUUUUUCAGAUCAUAUGAUGAGAUUUGAAUAUGUUUGCCUGUUAUCCUAUAUGAAUACAAAGAACAAAGCAUUUUCUGGACAAGUCGUUAAGUUUUACAAAUCUUUUCUUAUACAGAAAUAACAUGAAAAGGAAAACAAGUGAGUUCCAUUCAAUUAACUAUACAAGAUAGAUAUUUCAUUUUACUUUGAAAAGGGCUAAAUGUAUGAAAAGUAAA